AUGGAGCACAAGCAAUCUGAGGUUGUGCUCUUUGGGACAUGGGCUAGUUCUUUCAGUGGUAGAGUCAAGAUAGCCCUGAAACUUAAGGGCAUCCAGUAUGAGUAUGUUGAGGAAGAUUUAGUAAACAAGAGCCAAAUGCUGCUCAGCUACAAUCCUGUCCACAAACAGAUCAUACCAGGAAUAUACAGUAUUAUAUGGUCCAAAGGGAAAGAUAGAGAGAAGGCCAUUGAAGACUUGAGCGAAUUGGUUAAGGUCUUUGAAGAAGGGAUGAAGAGGGAUUUUGAAGAGGAUCCCCCCUUCUUCAUUGAUGGUUCCUUGAGCUUUCUGGGUAUUGUGGUGAGCUCAUAUGCUUGCACCUAUGAGGCUUUUCAUGAGGCUGUCACUACCGUUCUUAUACCCGAAAAGAACCCUGCAUUCUUUUCAUGGGUGCACGAUCUCAAAGGCCAUCCUCUGAUAAAGGAGACUCUCCCACAUCAUGACAAACUGGUCACCAGGCUGAAGCAUCUUCAAGCUUGA